UCCACCCUCCACAGCUACAGCUACAGCCGCAGUAGCUGUGUUGCAACCAAGGCAAACGUUUCUCCCUCUUCGUGUGUCUCCAACAUGGAUGCUUUUCAGAGCAUUUUAAAAUUCUUUCUUAACCAAAGAACUGCUAUUGGCUACAGCUUCAUGGCUUUGCUGACCGUGGGAAGCGAGCGUCUCUUCUCUCUCGUGGCCUUUAAGUGCCCCUGCAGCACUGAGAAUACGGUCUAUGGGCUGGUUUUCCUCUUUGCCCCUGCCUGGGUGUUACUGAUACUUGGAUUCUUUCUGAAUAACAAGGCGUGGAGACUCUUCACCGGCUGCUGUAUAAACCCCAGGAAAAUCUUCCCUAGGAGACGCUGCUGUCGCUUCUUCUACGUCCUGGGCCACAUCACACUGAGCUCAUUGGUGGCUCCAGUGAUGUGGCUCUCUGUGGCUUUGCUUAAUGGGACGUUUUAUGAAUGUGCUAUGAGUGGGACAAGAAGCACCAGGCUUUUGGAGCUGAUUUGCAAGGGCAAGCCCAAAGAGUGCUGGGAAGAGCUGUACAAAGUCUCCUGUGGCAGAAGUAGCAUGGAACCCACGGACAAUGAGGAGGUGAAGCUGUCCCUGCAAGCCCAGUCUCAGAUUCUAGGGUGGUGCCUGAUUUGCUCCGCAUCCUUUUUCUCUCUGCUGACCACUUGCUAUGCACGCUGCAAAUCUAACGUCAGCUAUCUGCAGCUGAGUUUUUGGAAGACGUACGCACAAAGGGAGAGGGAACAGUUGGAAAACAAACUCCUGGAAUGUGCCAACAAGCUGAGUGAGAGGAACCUCAAGUGCUUUUUUGAAAAUAAGAGGCCGGAUCCCUUUCCCAUGCCAUCUUUUGCUGCCUGGGAAGCUGCUUCUGAGCUCCAUGCAUUCCACCAAGACCGUGAACAUUACAGCGCUCUCCACAAGGUGAUAGACGAAGGUCUGGAGCAAACCCCCCAAGAGGAGGAGACAGCAAUGAUCCUUGUGGGCAGUGCCCAGAGCCUGUGAAUCAACCACCAUCGCAGCUGGCUCAGUUGUCCAGUGUUACCCUCAUUCUGAGAGUCUCCUGCUGUCUCCACUACCUGAGCCUCUGGGUGUUCUCACCAUCACGGCCUCUUUAGAAGACCAUCACACAGUGAGCAACUGUUUUAAACCUGCAGUGCAGUGUCCAGAUGUCCCCACACUGAGGCUGAGUGAGGAAAGACACUCUGAGUUGGCGGAGGCUUGGGCCCAGGAGGUCCAACAGUUGCUUAUUCUAAGCUCUAGGGUUUUAUGACUCAGUGCCCAGACUCUGGCAGGCGUCUGCCACUUUCUGCAAGUAUCUGCUGUGGUAUUGGGGGAGGGACCUGUGCACAGUGACAUCUGCAGAGUGGCCAGCAAGAACCCGUUCACAAAUGUAUCCAACACCUUUCAAGAUGGAAGGAAUUCUAACAUUUGACAUUCCUUUACUCGGAAGAGCUCCAUUCUCAAAAAGUGCCAACUGAAAGAACAUCAUGUCUAGAAACCAGGGGUUCUCAUAUCUCUCCCAGAUCCUGAAGGUCUGUCUCUGAGGGCAGGGCUGCCUCAUGACUGCUGUACGCUGAAGGUGCUCAUGCCUUCACAGGCCAACUUCUAUAUUCUAAAGGACAAUCCUGUAAGACCCACAUACAAGCCUUCAUUGAUAAAAAGACAACCACAUUAAUAUUGUAUGUUAAAACACAUUUCUCAACUAAAAAUUCCAUUUUUUUUGUUUUAAAAAAGAAAAUCCUGAUGAGCCAAGGGGUUAAGACAGGGCUGGUUUAACCCACAGAAACAGUUGACCUGAACAAGGGGGAGCUCUUGGAUCCCAGAUUGA